UCAGCGACGCACACUUAAAAAGUAAGGACGCUUCAGUGGAAGAUUUAAAGAAAAUAGUUUAAAUUCUGAAACCGAAAUGUGCGAUUAUAUAUACUGUAUACAUGUAUGAUUUUAUUGUAUGUAAUGUGUAAGAGAUACUCGAGAUAAGUGCGUGUUAGAUCAGGUCUCCUUAUUUUCCAUCUUUUUCAUAUUGGAAACUAUAAACGAACAUUUCCGUCAUUCUACUUCAGCAUGGACCCAGAUGCGGGACGUAACAGAUCUCAAUGUGGAUAAAAGAAACGCAUCAUGAACAUCUUUAAUCCCAUUUCAUUUUAUUUAGUGACAAGCACGCGACCCCAAGACCACACGCCGACUGAACUCAGUAAGCAGCUUUAAUAUUUAACAAAGGGCUUUUGCUCAGCUGGAACAGACACGGACUGUUUGAAACGUGCACUUUAUCUCUUGAAAAUGCAGAAGAUGAUCAUCAACAGGAUCGUCAGGAUACACAUUCUGUCGCGCGCUACUGGUUGGCGUGGUCUAUCGUCUGUGUCUGGUCCAAGAGUUUGUGUUGUAGGAGGCGGUCCGGCGGGUUUUUACACGGCACAGCAGCUGCUGAAGGCUCGGCAAGAUGCGCUUGUUGACAUUUAUGAACGGCUACCCGUGCCGUUUGGACUGGUGCGGUUUGGGGUCGCCCCCGAUCACCCUGAGGUUAAGAAUGUUAUAAACACUUUCACACAGACGGCCCAUCAUGAGCGAUGCAGUUUCCACGGUAAUGUGAACGUGGGAAGAGACGUCAGUGUUGAGGAAUUAAGGCAGGCCUACCACGCCGUUGUUUUGAGUUAUGGAGCAGAAGCAAACAGGCCCAUAGGAAUUCCCGGGGAAAACUUAUCCGGCAUUUUUUCAGCUAAAGACUUCGUCGGCUGGUACAACGGGAUUCCUGCCAAUAAAGAGUUAUGCCCUGACCUGAGCUGUGAGACGGCUGUGAUUUUGGGACAGGGAAACGUGGCCCUGGACGUGGCCCGGAUUCUUCUGUCCCCUCUGGACACGUUGAAGACUACAGAUAUUACCCAGCAUGCACUGAAAGCUUUAGCGGGCAGCGGCGUCCGCAGGGUCCUGAUCAUCGGUAGAAGAGGUCCUCUUCAGAUCGCAUGUACCAUCAAGGAACUCAGAGAACUGGUGAAUCUGCCAAACACCCGGGCAGAAAUGCUGCUCAGUGACUUUGAGGGAAUUAAAGAGACUUUAAAAGACCUCCCCAGGCCGAGGAAAAGACUGACCGAUUUGUUGAUGAAAGCGGUGAAUGGAGGAGAGGAUAAAGCUGAGAAGUCCUGGAGCUUCCGCUUCAGUCGGAGUCCCGUGGAGGUUCUUGCAGGGGCUGAUGGGAAACGAGCUGCAGGAAUCCGAUUGGCUCUCAAUAAACUCGAGGGUUCGGGAGAGAACGCGCGGGCCGUACCCACAGAUCAGCUGGAGGAUGUGGACUGUGGUCUGAUCAUCAGCAGUAUUGGAUACAAAAGCAUUCUUAUAGACCCCGCGGUGCCCUUUGACCCCCGUAGGUCUGUGGUGCCCAAUGACAUGGGAAGAGUUCAGGACACACCAGGCCUGUACUGCAGCGGCUGGGUCAAACGCGGACCCACAGGAGUGAUCGCCACCACCAUGAAUGACAGUUUUGAUACGGCACGUGUUUUGCUGCAGGAUAUGGAGACGGGCGAGCUGGACCUGUCAAUCAAGAAACCGGGCGCACAGGCCAUAUCUGCUCUUCUACAAACACGAGGUGUGAGAACAGUUUUAUUUUCCGACUGGGAGAAAAUCAACGCCGAGGAGGAGCGGAGAGGAAAACCCCACGGAAAACCCAGGGAGAAACUUCUGGACGUGGAGGAGAUGCUGCAAAUCGCCUGGUCGUGAGAUCAGAGGCGCCUGGACUCUGUUUGACAUUCUUGAACCGCUGCCCAGAAUGACUGGCUGACUGCCACGUUGAGUGGGCUUUUAGUGCAAAUCCCCCAAGGGUAAAACCUCUCAUGCACAAGUUUGUUUGCCGAGAAAUAAAAGUUCUGUCCCUGUUUGCUUACCCUCGUGUGUUUACAAACCCAUAAGCCCACAAAAGAUGUGUAAAUACAAAAGGUGAAUGACAUUUGAAUAAUUGCAUAUUUCAUUGUUUUGUGUGGCUUUAGAGUUGAUAUGUACAGUAACAGGUCACAUGGGGUCAUUUUAUGGCGCUUUUUAUCCUCUAUGGAGCUUGAGUUCACAGUGUGCUUUUAUUGGAUAGAAAAGAUAUCAUACUGAAAUGGUUGUUGGAGUCACAUCAGUGUUGAGGAAUUAAGGUCAGAAACGUACGAGUCUGUGCCCUGAAGGAAGCGUUUAGUUAAUGUACUGAUGGGUUUGUGAGUCUGACGCUCGUCACAUGCUGCUGAAGAGACAUUGAUGUGUGUUGUUGUCAUGGAGACAGAGGGGCGGGACCUGGGCACUGACAGGGUGUUCGUGGAUGGACUGCUGACCCACUUCAGUACGUGUCUGUGUGUGUUGAGAUGACUGCAGAUGGAAAUCAGCUUGUGUUCUCUUGAGCAAACGCUAUGAAUUGACAACGUGCGACUGCGUGUUAAAUGUCCUGAACUAUAUUUAUAUUAGAGGUGUAACAUCACCAGGGUUGCCAGAUCUGCAUAACAAAAGCAGCCCAAAGCAACAACAACAUACUCAAACUCAAAAUGUGUCACUUGUAAAACCUAAAAUAGUUCAGUCUUAUUUAUGCAUUAUACAAACAUUUACUUGAAAAUCACUUUGUAGUUGUCAAAAACGUAGUCGGGUCUGCAGGAAAACGGUGGACUUGGCAACCCUGCACAUCACCUCUGUGGUACUAACAAAAGAAAGUCUCACAGACAAAAAAAGACUUUCUUUUUGGGUGAAUCAUUUCUUUAAAAGUAAGUUUUUUAACCUAUUGUGCUAAAUAUUAUGAGUAAUGCCUUUAUUCUGAAUAUGCAUACAGUAUGUGUUGCUCUUUAAUUGAAAUAUCUAUAAAUAUGUUUCAGAGAAUCGAGUAACUGGAGAUUAUAGUUAUCACUACUGUUUCCUGUAAGCACUACUGAUUAAACCUGUUCAAGAUAUCUGAUGUCACGUGCUGUUUUCAUGGCUUCUAGAAAAGCUUUUUCUGUUUUAAAUAAACAAACGUCAGUAAUUGCUUGAAUGAAUAUGGGAUGGGGCUUUCAUGCAGAUAAACACAGAGUCUUGGUGAGAAACUGCAAUGGAGAUUUUCCAAGCCAAGUAAAAAUAUAAUACAAAAAAAGUGUAAAAUGCACACUACACAUUCAUGUAGAAAAAUUAUCUUUAUUCGAGUUUAGUUUUCUUAUCCCAUUGGCAGAUAUUUUUUCAGAUCUCUUUUAAGCAUGCUAACAAGACUUAAGAUUGCUUCUCAGAUAAAUUGAUUGAAUAUGAAGGUAUUUGUACUGGCUUAUAGACACAUAUAGACAAUGUAAGAUCAUUUGACUAUUUUUUGCACGUUGAGGCUGUUGAGUGAUGUUGAAACAGGAUUCGUAUGAAACACCGGCAUCUCUCUGACUGUGCCAAACACAUUUCCGCUCUACUUACCCAUUUAUAUGAAAUAUGAAAAUGAUUUUAUUUAAGAUGACUCGAUGUAUUACACAUACGAAAAGAAUCUCUACAAUGUCUUUGUUGUCUUUCACAUGGUGAUGUAUUAUAAAAUGUGUAAGAGUCUGGAGAUCGAUGAUCCAUGUACUCUCAGGCGUCUUUAUUCACGCUUGGCUCUCUGAAAAGUGCCUUUCCUGAUGUUUGUUUUGCUGCCGUUAUUUACAGGACUGUCUGAGAUUUGAUUGUUUAAUGUUGAGCUGCUUCCAACAACAUAUCCAUUCAUUUACAUAAAAAUAAACUUUCAGAAAUAAAUUUCAUAACUGCAGUCUAAUCUAACUGGACUUUCCAGAAAACAGGAUCUCGCUCACAGAAAAGGAAGUUCAGACAGGAAAGCAAAUGAUGUAAUGACCAAUUCUUUCCUUGACGUCACAGUACUUUUAGGGAUGUUAAUCUUGUAAUGAGCUCAUCUUUUAAACAAAGUGCACAUGAAGUUACACAAAAAAAGUUGCACGUUAUGAAAAGCAAAGCAGCAACUACCCUGAUUUUGUUUCACGUUGAUAAACCCAAACCUGUGUAUGACUUUUUCUUCAGAGGAACACAAAAGAAGAUAUUUUGAGAAACGUCUCAGUGGUUUUGUGUUCAUACAGUGGAAGUCAACGGGGUUCAGUGUUGUUUGGAUGUUUACGUUCUUCAAAAUGUUUUCUUUUGUGUUCAGCAGAAGAAAGAAAGUCAUUCAGGUUUGAGUAAAUGACAGAAUUUGCCUUUUUGGAUGUACUGUCCCUUUGGAAAUGUGGAAUAGAAGAAAUAAACAUCAGUUGCACAAUGUUCAAUGAGGUUAAAGUCGAGGCUUCCAAGAGCAGGGGUGGACAAUCUCUGGAGGGUUUUCUACAAAAUCUAAGCAGUCUUGAGGAUUGAAAAUCACAUGCAAGUGUCAUUUAUUACGGUUACAAAAACAAAAGUAAACACCCACACAGCAUCUUAUCUCUAUUAUGACACAGCAACAUCAGUCGGAAUGUGAAAUUUCCAAACUCCAGCAGGAUGUAAUAAAGAAAACCUCCAUGCCUUGAUUUACUCACACCAUCAGACCCUUACAACUACAUCUUUAGUGUGUCGUCCAAGUGUUACAUGGGUAAUUCUCUUCUUGUAAAGAGGAUCAUUGACGGAUUCCAGUUUGUGAGAAUACAGACGUCUAGUCAAAGUUCAGUGAUUAAAUGAACUGCUUGUUUCAAAAGCCACAUUAUAUUUUUUAUGGUUUCGAAGUAAAUACUUCCAUAUUUCCUGAAA